GUCUUCAGGAUCCUAAUGGAAGAAAAGUCUUUUAAUAACCGUCGGUGGAACAGUAUGGAGCUGAGAACAGUUAUCACAAAGUGUACAUAUUGCAAAGCAUCUUUGUUAUUGUACUUUGCUUUGCUCGCAAUCAUCGAAAGCGGUUCCACAUAUAAAUCUUCUGAAUUAAUUUUCUUUGAAAGUGAUCUCUACAAUGCAGCGCAUAAUCAGCAUCAACGUAAUGUAGCUCAAACAUUGCGUACAAAUAUAAAUAACGAAGAUGAGAGUUCAAAUAUGUAUAUGGAUCGACAAGUGGGUGCACAUACGGGUACAAGAAAUGUGCACUGGGCACCAGUAGCUUUUAACCCCGAGAAAACAAAUAGAAAAGAGGAACCCAUAGAAAGAGAAAGAAUUUGGGGCAGUCAACCUUUGGAUAAAUCAAGAACCGCAACAUUAACCAACAGUGAGGGAGGAAAAACAAUUGAUGUAAAUUUACGUUUUAAUUUUCAAACGAAUCCUCGACCGAGGAAUAGAAAUGUUUUCCCAACACGUGGAUAAAGUCAAAAAAGCAAAAAUCGCAUUGAAUGGAAAUCAAUUUUUCCCUCUUCUCUGAAAUCGUAAAGAAUAUAUGAUCCCAUCAACAUUCGUACCUGCAGUUUGUUAUAUCAACUAUGCAUUUGAACAGAAGUCGGAACAUCAAAAGGACUUCAUCAAAACUUGACCUACUAUCAGCAUUAUUUAAGCAAUUUUAUAAUAUUACCUACAUUUAAUUUACUAUUGUUACGCGAACCCGUAUGUAUUUAUGACUGAGUUCUAUUAAAUUUUUUACGAGAAUUAGAUCCAGUAGGCUGCGCAUGACUUAAGGUGUUUCUUAUAAUAGUCACGUGAUUCGGCAUAAUAAACUUUCAUCUUCGACUUUCUGAA